ACGGUGAGCGCGCGGCUGGACUUCCAGCAGCUCAGUCUCCUGCGAGCGGCGGCGGCGAGCGGAGAGAAGUCAGCGAACAAUGGAGAGGAUAACCCGCUGAAAGUUUGCUUUUUAAAUACAUUUUACUGCAGUUUUUCGUGAAAGGCUCGACGCCGAAGUGGCCGCCGAGCCGGAGGAGUUUCGCUUCACCUGGAAAUAAGGAAUAAGGGACUUUGUAAAGGUGAAUUUUGAGCGGAGCGGCGGUGAGAGUGGACCGUCGGGAGUCAUCCACAAAGACCCUCAAGGAGUCAUGAGCGCACCGCGGCCGCGGCCAGCCCUUCAGCCGGAUUUAUCUCGGUAAAACCGCAGGAAAAUAUUGUUUUUGCUGAAUUCCACAAGGACAGAGACUUACUAACCGGCGCCGAAGUGGUUAACACGGUGAUACACCGCUUCCCAGCCGUUUUUUAAUCGCCCUACUUGGAUCAAAGUUUUUCUUCCCUCCCCCCUUCUUCCCCUCCUCCUCUCUCUCCACAACUAUGGCGACGGCCCCGGCCAGGUCCGCAGCUGCCGCCGUGUUUCUGUGGCUGCUGUGCGGGUUCCUGUCCCCCUGCCGGGCCCAGCACGGCGACAAGGGGAUAUCCAUCCCGGAGCACGGCUUCUGCCAGCCCAUCUCCAUCCCGCUGUGCACGGACAUCGCCUACAACCAGACCAUCAUGCCGAACCUCCUGGGCCACACCAACCAGGAGGACGCCGGGCUGGAGGUGCACCAGUUCUACCCGCUCGUCAAGGUCCAGUGUUCCGCCGAUCUCAAGUUCUUCCUGUGCUCCAUGUACGCGCCGGUGUGCACGGUGCUGGAGCAGGCCAUCCCGCCGUGCCGGUCCCUGUGCGAGCGGGCCAGGCAGGGCUGCGAGGCGCUCAUGAAUAAAUUCGGCUUCCAGUGGCCGGAGCGGCUGCGCUGCGAGACUUUCCCCGUCCACGGCGCCGGGGAGAUCUGCGUCGGCCAGAACACAUCCGAACCCGGCGGCGCCACACCCCCCGCCUCUGCCCCCCCUUACGUGCCGGAUCUGGUGCCGCCAAACAUCGGCCGACCCAACCAGAACCACCACCAGUACACCCAGUACCACCAGUUCUCCUGCCCCUUGCAGCUGGAGGUCCCUGCCUACCUCGGCUACCGCUUCCUGGGGGUGAAAGACUGCGGGGCGCCGUGCGAGCCCUCCAAGCCCGCUGGACUCAUGUACUUCCGGGAGGAGGAGGUGAAGUUCGGCCGGCUGUGGGUCGGAAUCUGGUCCAUCCUGUGUUGUGUGAGCACCUUGUUCACUGUGCUGACUUAUUUAGUGGACAUGAGGCGCUUCCGGUACCCUGAACGCCCCAUCAUCUUCCUUUCCGGGUGCUACUUCAUGGUGGCGGUGGCCUACGCUGCCGGGUUCUUCCUGGAGGACAAAGUGGUGUGCAUUGAUAAAUUUAAGGACGAUGGCUUCAGGACAGUGGCCCAGGGGACGAAGAAGGAGGGGUGCACCAUCCUUUUCAUGGUGUUGUACUUCUUUGGCAUGGCCAGCUCCAUCUGGUGGGUCAUCCUUUCCCUGACCUGGUUCCUAUCGGCUGGGAUGAAGUGGGGCCACGAGGCCAUCGAAGCCAACUCACAGUACUUCCACCUGGCCGCCUGGGCCGUGCCGGCCGUCAAAACCAUCACCAUCCUCGCCAUGGGCCAGGUGGACGGGGACGUUCUCACUGGGGUGUGCUUUGUCGGAAUCUACAACGUGGACUCCCUCCGUGGCUUCGUCCUGGCGCCACUCUUCGUCUACCUUUUCAUUGGGACGUCCUUCCUCCUGGCCGGGUUCGUGUCGCUCUUCAGGAUCCGGACCAUCAUGAAGCACGAUGGCACCAAGACGGAGAAGUUGGAAAAGCUGAUGGUGCGGAUUGGAGUGUUCAGCGUGCUCUACACCGUGCCGGCCACCAUCGUCAUCGCCUGCUACUUCUACGAGCAGGCGUUCCGGCCGCACUGGGAGAAGACCUGGCACAUGCACACGUGCAAGCGGUUUGCCGUGCCCUGCCCCGUGCACGACUUCGCCCCGAUGAGCCCGGACUUCACCGUGUUCAUGAUCAAGUACCUGAUGACCAUGAUCGUCGGCAUCACCUCCGGGUUCUGGAUCUGGUCCGGCAAGACGCUGCAGUCCUGGAGGAGGUUCUACAAGAGACUCUGCAUCGGCGGCCAGGGAGAGACGACUGUAUGAACCCCAGGGGACAUUAACAUGCAGAAAGUAAAGCCAUUCACUUAUGGAUUUUUGAUAUGAAAACAAGGUUCGACAGCUUUAAGGACAACUGAGAGUCAGAUACAGAUGAUUUUUUGUCAGGUUUUGAUUGCAGUUUUGAUCACAGUCACACUGAGGCAUAAAACUCACACUGGACACAAGUUAUGUGCCAAGUUUGACGCUGGUUAACAUUAUUUCUGCCUUAUUAAAUGGCCCUGGUUCAAAAUACGGGGGAGGGGGAGAGGGUAUUCAGAUUUCAUUGCUGUGUUCUGCCUCUUUGGAUUAUAAUCCAGUGUGAUGAGAGGAGUCUGUAAUCCAGUACUGCUGAGGUGACUUUAACAGGAAAUCCCCUGCAGGUAACUUGGUUAUGUUCCAGCUCCUCAGAGUUUGACUGAAAAUAAUAAUGUGCAGCAGCUUUAAUACUGAGAACUGAGACUCCAUCUGGACUGUGUUAGACGCAGACGGGACAGUUUGUUCAUUCUUUUAAUGGUGCAAAUUGAUUUUUCUGGUUUUAAUUGCAAUACAGACUUUCUGGACUCCCUGCCAGCCCAGUUCCUGCCUGUUCGGAGUUCAGUUUCACACAUAAAAUAUCAUAUAUAAGGCACAAAGUUUUGCAUUGUCUCUGCUUUGUCAAGAGUGGAAAUACACGACCAAUCCCCAGA